AUGGUGGCUGUCAGCAUCGGUAAUGACGGCAUCGGUUGCCACAGCGCUGAAGGGUUAUCCAGUCCAAACACAAGCACAGUGUCUGCAGACGAGACAGGACAGGACCAUAUCUUGCAAGACCAUGGAGGACAAAAGGGCUCUGAUUUCUCAGAGGAGGCUGCAGAAGCAGGAGAGAGGAGGCUGCCUACCCCAGUGCUUGCAGCAGGCCCUGCCAAGGAACAAGUCACAGCAGAUCCUACCAGCAGCAGUAAAUCACCAACCCCAAAUUGCAAUGAAGCAGUGCCAUCACUGGGUCCAGUGAUUGACAAAGAGGGAAUACCACACGCCGUACCUAUGGAUAGAGGCCCAAAAUGCACCAACAUUGCUGCCACUUCGAUGAAAAACACUGAGAAUGAUCCCAGAAACCCAAGCCUGGAGCCCAGCCCUCCUGCAGCAAUUACAGAAAUGCAAGGAGUCGCACAAAUGGGUUUGAGUGACUCAGGGUGGCCCUGGCUGAGCGAGCAGCUGGGGGGCACGAGGGGACUACAUGUCAGCGCGUUUCCCCCGGGCGAAGGAGGAGGAAGAGGAGAUUAUUUUACUGCUCAGGAGGCCAGGCAGGAGCGAGGAGUUUUGGAAGUGGGUCAGCCGCAGACUGGGACGCAGCAAGGUAGACAGGACACAGAUGGUGGAGAGGGUCUGCUAAUGAAAAAGGAAACCUUAAUCCGAAAUUAUCCAGCAACGGGAGGCUCAGACAGUGAAAAAUGUGGAGCAAUUGUGAAUGCUCAAGGCUUUGCUGAGAUGAGUGAAGUCUGUAAUCUACAGAUGGGCGCUGUAACAGCAGCUAAAGGCAAAGAGACAAAUCCAGCCCUAUCUGGAAGCAAAAGAGAGCAAUCAGGAGCCUGUACUUUAAUGUCAGAGCUGCCUUCUAACCCGCCAAAUCUCCUCCUGGUACCAACGCCUGAGGAACCUUCGAGGGAAUAUGUGCCUGGAAAUGACUCUCAAGAUCCAGCGAGGAGUGAAGCAGUGAAAACAGCCUCUGAAAAAAGCGAACCCGUUGCUCAAAGAGAGCAUCAAAAGGAGGACGAGCUCGUUAGUGCCGAGCCUUUCAGUGUGCCUUUAUCAGCUAAGCCAGGGGAAGAACAAAAAUCAGCUGUCACAACUGAAAGCCCAAAAGAUGAAGCCAGCAGCAAUGAAAUGAUAAAAGCUGCUGAUGUGUCUAGAGAAAGCACCACAUUUUCUGAAACAGAAAGCAGUAUCAGGCCCACCAAGGAAAAUUCCCCAGUAGAUAACAGAUUAUUUCUGGAAGAAUAUGCAUCAAAGACUUCUCUGAGCAGAUCCACAGAGCUGAAUCAAAAAGAAACCGAGGCGGGUGUAACGGGAGAAAAACCCAAAAUGAGAGGAGAGGAGGCACAAGCAACAGAAAGCAGUGAAUUACCCAAGGGGUCAAGUGGGGUGGAAAGACAACCAUUGAACUCUGACAGUAACCACCAGGACAUGGAAAAUGCCCACUUGGGACACAACUCCUCAACAGGUGACCUGGGAGAAGAAACUGGAGGAAAGCCUCUGAAUUCAGACAGCAACUUUAAAUCGCCCGAAGACGAUUCACACUCUCCUGGUCACAAACCUGAACAGCAAAUGAGCACAUUAAAAGCAGCUGUCGCAGGUGACCUGGAGAAUAAACUCGUGGCUUCGCCGCAGGUUCCAAGGGAGGAGUGCCCACUCGGUUGUGAUUGCUUUAACACCAAGGCAGACGGCAAAACUUGGGGCCAGCCAGGCUGUGUUGGGACUGAAAAGGUUUGUUUAGCCAGUGCGCACAGUUCACCGCUCCUCCACUCUGAGAACAAUAAUAUUAAGCAGAGUAAGCAGGAUGAGGCCUGGGAAAAGGCUUUCGCUAGAGAAACUGUGCUGGAAUCUGAAUGCGAAACAGAGAGUCGAGAAAAGCCCGAGAGCUGUAGCAAGUCAGAAGAAAGCACAAAAAUGUCCAAAUCAAAACUGGAGCUCCAGGGCUUAAAUGAUUUGGCAGGGACUGUGGAUGUCGUGGCUGUACAAACUGAGGCCUCACAGGGCUCAGAAACCAAAGAACAGAACGGUGCAGAGGAACGACCUGCAGCUGCACAAAGCAGCGCUGUGGAUGGUAAAGAAAAUGAGGGUGUUCAAGAGGAGACGCACCAAGCUGCGGUGCGAAGCUUCGUGGAGGACAAGGAUUUGGCACUGAAAAGUGAACGCAAAUCAGAUGUGCUGAUGCAAGCUCAGCUGGAGCAAGUGGCUGCAGAAAGUCCCAAAAAUACGCAGAUGGCUUGUUCCAAAACCUCCCAAGGCUUCAGAAACCUCCUCGCUCCUCAGCACGUUCACGUGGAGGAAGGGGGUGACAGCCACAUGCAUGAAAACAGCGACACGUGCAGCUCUGCGGAGGCCCUGGAGUGCACCAGCCGAGAGCUGCAGGAAAAUGCAGAUGUUCCCACUGCUGCUGCCCGAGCAGAGCAAAUGGAAACGUCGGUGACUGUUGCUGGUGACUGGAUUUCAAAUACCAAACCCGAACAACAGCAGCAGCAAAGCGGUCUGACAACUGAUGGUCAGGAACACAGAGAAAGGGCUCUAAAACCCGAGCAGCCAUUGGGCCUAAAUGAUCCCAGCAACAUACCAGAAAUACCUCAAAACAUUUCAGACAGCCUUAAUACAGACUCUUCUGUGCUCGGUACAGCACCGAUCCAACGCGACUCUGAUGCAGCCAAAGGAAAGGACAAGGGCAAAAGCGGUGCCGUGCUGCCAGAGGAUACGUGCGGCAGCGAACACAGGCAAAGCAUUUCUGGUGUGACCGUGCUCGGUUUGCAAAGUUGCAACGAGCAAAACAAAACUGAUCUGAAGGCAGAAGAAAACUGCUGCAGUAAGCAGAAGCCAAGCAAGCCCGAGCAGGACGAUAAUUCUUUGAUCUCAGCGAGUCAGCAUGAAGCAGCACGUCGGAGCGAAGCGUUUUGUAAAGGAUCUGAUGAGAAGGAGCGGCCAGGCAGAGGAUGCAGGAUAAAGGAUGACACUGGAGAAAUCUGUGCUGUGGCUGGAAAUGCUCUUCCAGGGACACAGAAUGCAGCGGGUGCCACUAACACAUCACAGGCUUUGCCAAGUGAUACAGAAAUAGCACAUACACCUAAUAACUCGGAGGAAAAUGAUCCUCAGGUAUCUUGUGCAGAAGCUCAAGGGGAAACACCAUUAAUGGCAAAAAAUGAGGAAAAUAUUGAAAGUCUGACUCCUGAUGGGGGAAUCAUCCAGAAAGAUGGAAAUGUGGAGAUAAGUGGUGAGGACAGCACUGCUGUCACAGAAACAAGCGGUCUGAAAAGUGAUCAAAGUCCAGGGCCACAAAGAUCUCUUUCCCCAUCGCAGGCACACGGGGAUGUAAUUCCCACCGAUAAUUCGGAUAAAUCCAGCUGCAUUCAGCAGACACCAGAGGAGCCUGGUUCUUGUCAAGUGAAUGCUGCAGCCCUCUCUGCACAGACCUCUGCACCCAGCGGUGUUAACCAGCGACCUGCAAACACCACCAGCACUGGUACCGGGGGGCAAUCACUAAAUGAUGAGCUGGAAGUGGUAGCGUGUCAAAAUGCCCCAGAAGGUAGAGUUGAUUUGCAGCGUGCUGCAGGUUCUCAGGUGUCCGUGCACUUAGGUCCUUCGCCCGAGGUAAACACAGAAAACAGCUCUGCAGGGAGUGUGCGUGUGAGUGAAAAUGAUGUUCCAGACCCAAGUUUUCAGGGUGACGGAGACAGAAGUUUAGCCCUGCCAGAGAUUUUAAAUAUGGGACAGAGCACUGGAAACUUAUCACAGUUCAGUUCUGAGGAGCUGAAGGAAGAGGAAGCUGCAAUUAAAGCCAAAGAAACAAAAAGUGAGGUAAACUUCAAAGAGCGGCGAAGUGACAGUUCAGCAGAGCCUGUGCGAGCUCUCCCUGCUCUGGAAGGGAAGCUGCUGAGCCUUUCAUCUGCUGGUAAACAAGAAGGCUGUAAUGAGGAAAUUGCAACCAAUAUCUGCGUGGAUGACAAGUACGGCGAGAUCUUAGAGAAACCGGGGAAUUCUGAAGAAAUGGAAGAGCUUUCAAAGGAGAAUAACAACGUAACCAGGGCAGAGAUCAGCGUUUCCGUGCAGUCUGCAGAGCGCGCUGCAAGGGAGCAUGAGGCUCUGACUUGCAGCUCUCUGGACAUCGGCUCCAGCCUCCCAGACUUCAGGGAGCACAUCAGCCAGAUAUUUAAAAAGACUGUCCACAGCACGCUGAGUGCUGAACUACCCCAGCUUUUCUCUGAAAACCAUGCAGGCUUCAAGCAGAGUCCAGCGGCCAAGGGUACAGCAGAACCGUGCGGUGCUGAGGCGUUUCCAGAGUCAAACGAGGAGAGCAAAGCAGCUCCCGAGGGCCCCUCAGGAGCAGAGGGGCAAGAGUUGUCUUUAGCUACAGAGACCUCCUGCCAAGCUGCCAAAGGCAAACUUCUGCAACGCGAAAGCACGGUGGCAGGGCUGCCACCAGCAAGUCUCCAGGACGCUGAGAAAAACAGCCAGCCCAGUAGCUGUGCAGAAGCGGUCCCAAAAUUGGAUGGCGCUGCACCUGCUGGACGCGCUCUGGAAAAUCUGCAAAAUCCUGACCCGCUAAUAAGCUUAGAGGUAACGAAGCAAGGACCGGCUUCAUCUGAUGGGGCAGCAGCCGAGAACUUCCCUGAGUAUUCUGACAGCAAGCAACAACCCACCGCGGCUGUUAUCUCUGCAGGCGAUGGGCAGAAGAGGGACUUAGAAGAUGCUGCUGCUGCAGAGGGAAGUAACUUAAUUACAGAGUGUAAUGCAGAACCCAUUUCGUCGGAAGAGGAUGUGAGUCUUCCUACUGAACCGUGCCAGGAUCCUAAGCCAAAUGAGCAGGAGAAAAGGGAGUGCGGUGAUCCAGGCACUGCCAGGAGUGUUUCUGACAUGGCAGCUUCCACGCUUGCCCCGGGAGGAUCUUACAAUCAUGGGAAAUUGCCGGGUAAUUUUAAUGUGGCACCUGGGGAAAAUCAGGAGACACAGAUUUGCAGCAAUUUUAUGCGUGACAUCAAGUCUCCAGAUGACAUGCAGGUGAUACAGGGUGAUGCUGAAACAUCCGAAAAUUCACCAGAUGCACAGCAAGAAAAGAAAGUGACCAUGCAUGGGUUAAUAGAUUACUUAAAAAAUGAAGUAAGCCAGGAUGAUUGCUUGCAAACUGACUGCAAACUCGAACCUAGCAAUGUGACUGAGGGAGAUGUGAAAGAAAGCAGUGACACAGUGUUGAGCACAGGUCACGACAAAACGAGAGACACCCCUGAAACAGGCACUGCCAGGGUGUUAGUCACCGGCGAGGGUGACUUAGCUGCGGACAGGAGCACGGAGGAGCAGGGGACAGACCUGUGCCCAAGCCACCCUCCAGCCGUGCCGCCGGUGGAGCAGGGGGGGUGUUCUGCACGCACCGACCCCGGCGCUGCAGGAAAGCAGCCGGGCGAGAUGAAUGCAGGGCACGAAAGCUCAUUUCAGGAUGCCAAGGGAAAGCUAUCACCGCUUGUAUCAACCGAGCCCGAGAACCUUGACCUCAAUGAACUCCAAGACGUGGCUGCGGCAGGAUUGCCUACUGACAG